UUCCCAAAGGGUCAACAAACAUUCCCACUCUAACCUAGCGGCCCAUAGCAAUGGCAAACCGAAACCGGUGUUAGAUCAUCGGGUAGUGGGUAAGCUUACACUAUGGUCCUCUCCCUUUCGUGGAUUGGGCAUCUUCGCUGCACUUAGAGUAGACGCUAUGCAGGCAAAAAUGCAAUUGCACCUCGACACGAAUCGCUCGUGCCCACCAAAACACGCACCGGUUGCCAAGGUAGGCUGCCCCAGUAGUGCAGUAGCAGAAGUCUUGGUUUCAACUAAGCUGCAGUCAAAAUCGUAAAAAAGUCGUCACUGAAGAAAAAAAAACAAACCGCCAAGACGUAAGCCACCGACGGUAAGCCAGGUAAACAAGGUGCCGUGCAAGCAAGGCCUAACAGUUGCAGCAUUAAACGACGGCAACUACCACCACCAUCGCCAUUAGUAUCGAGUACCGAGCUUUGAUCCCGGUCAUCAACUGCAGUUUGCAGCUGGUGCCUGCAGUCUUGGAAUCACUUUCACUCGAACAGGACAUCAGGCGGACGGUGUCAGUGCUAUACUCCGGGCCAGAUGGUGAACGGUGCCGUGUAUCGAUAUUUUGCUCUGCGCAAUCGGGUGAUGGUUUGGAUGCACCAGAGUGAGCCAGUGUGGACCGUGAAUAGAAUACGCGCGUGUUAAGUUAUCCUUCUGGGAAAAGGAACGUCCUUCAAAGUUCGGGAGUAUCGCCCAUAAGUGACCCUACAAUUGUUUUAAGUUAUUUUCUUAGUGUUCCGUAAUAGCUGAAGUCUCGAGGUAGCUAGUUCGAUCGGGAAUCAACAGUGAAUGGAACCAGUUCGUCUAGUGUGCCGUUCUGUAACACGUGUGGUGGUGGUGGUGGUGCAUUUCCUUUCCACAACUUCAUACCGUGCCGUGCAAUGUUGACCGUACCAAUCCGGAUCGCACGAUUACGUGAACGUCGUAUCUCGGUGCUGGCGAGCUGGUGCAGUGUAUCGUUGUUGUUGUUGGUGGUGCAGUUGCAGCUAGCGAAAUGUGCCCAGGAGGGUACGGGCUCGGUGGAUGCUGAGCGUUUGCCAUCAUUUCCGGGCACGAAUGGUCCCGCGUUAGGUGGUAGGCACACUUACGCAACGUACCACACGCAAUCGCCAACAUCGGCCUCGGCGACAUCAGAUGAUAGGAAAGCUACAGCCCGUCUCCAUGGAAAUGAGCGGGUAAAUCAUCGAGAAUCCGUUUCCGCCGUACUCGAUCGGCUCGACCCGAACCAGGCCGAUCUGGCACUGCCCAACUACGAAACGUCCUCGGUACGUACCGGAGGCGGAGGACUGCCACCCGUCUACAAAUACACGGACAAUGUGUUCCGAGUGCCGAAACGGAAGGCGAAAAUAUCGCAUCCGGAAGCGGGAGGCACACUGCCCCGAAAGUCACACACAAACCGGUCCGUGGGUCGAUCGGUAGUGCAUCAUGCCGAUGCAUCGUGGUCCUCCUCGUCGGCGGAAUCGGUGGCGUAUGCGCCCGGUAAUACGGCAGCCCUGAUCGAACGCCGUGCCGAGCUGCUGGGACUUACCGAGGAAACCUUGUUCCAGCUGUUCACCAGUCUGUUCGAUCACGGUAACUGGAAUAUCCUCGAGCUGAAGGGCCGUGUUGGUGAGCAGUGUGCGGGCCAUAUUGGUCUGUACCUGCGCGAUCUGCGUCGACAGCGUGGCUGGGCGUUAAAGGCUAGCGAUUCUAGUGGCCGGUACGGUGGUCAGUACUUUUUUGGCAACGAGUUCUGGAUGGGUUCGCUGACGUUCUGCGACGAGGUGAAUCGUGUACUACGCCUCACCCCGAUGCCACCGGGAGCACGGCAGCUUGAGAUGCGAUUUUUCGUCGCUAAAAUAUCCGUCCAGCUGGAACGAUUGCUCUCCACACAGUCCAGCUCGAUCCUGCUGGGACAAUGUUUGCCCAAGUCCUGCACGAUAGAUGACAUCACCGAGCUGCUGCGCAGUGAUCCGGCGUUGAAUCUGCUAAACAAUAGCACGCUGAACGUGGUGGUUGCGUCCACACCGCUGCCCAACGGGACUCGGGCCAGUGCGCUCACGGUCCUGCAUGUGCGACCCGUCCCCGGUAGCUACAAUCUGUGGAGCGACCCGAAAGUGUUUGCACUGUUCACGGUCCUGACGGUGCUGAGCGCGGUCAUAGCGUACGCAUCCUGCGGCACCAGUACGGAAGGGUCGACGAAACCCAAGACCAGAGGAGGAUGGUCGAAGAAGGUGCUCGACCCGUCGAGGGUAGGGGUCGAUGGGCAUCACAUCAAGCGGGAGCAUGGUGUGGGUGACGGUGGUCGGAUGGGUGAUGCGCUCGAGAUGCACAAAAUCAAUGUGGAAAGUAACAACAAUGUGUCGGGCGGUGGUAAUGGGCAGCAGGCUCCGGCCGCGGAUGGGCUGUACGCGGGCAAGGAGCGCAAGGAAACACGCUUCUCACUGCACGACAUCCUGGCCUGCUUCGAUGUGAGGCCGAAUGCUGCCUCAAUCCUGUCGGUGGAACGUGCCGGAGAGGAUUCGCUGACGUGUGUACAUGGACUGCGGCUGUACUCCCUACUCUGGACUGUGCUUGUCCACACGUAUCUGCAGCUGUUUGCCGUGUCCGAAAAUCGGUUCGGACGCAAGAUUGCGGAACGUUCCUUCCUGUAUCAGCUCGUCGGCAACGCCACCUUCUCGGUCGAUACGUUCUUUUUCAUCAGUGGGCUAUUGAUCGUGUACCUGUAUAUGAAGUCGGUGACCAAAUCGGGCCAACCGGCCACCAAAACAGUGCCAGCCGAGGUAUCCAAUGGUUCCGUUACCACCGGCAAUCGAGAGUCUCCGGCAAACCGGGAUGCAACACUCGGCGGAGCGUCGCGUAAAGUUGGCCUUUCGAUCUUAUACCGUUACCUGCGGCUAACUCCUGUCUACUGGUUUACGAUAGUGACGAACGAAAUCAUCCUAAAGUGGACAUACGAUCGAUCCGUAUUCACGCCCGGCAUCAUCGAUCACAUUACGUGCGAUCGGUUCUGGUGGCGCAACAUUCUCUACGUCAACAACUGGUUCCCGUUCACUGAGAUGUGUAUGAUCUGGUCCUGGUAUCUGGCGAACGAUAUGCAGUUCUACGUUAUUGCGAUCGUGCUGCUCAUGAUAUCCUCCAGAAAUUUUCGCCUUGCCGUUGGGCUGGUGUUCCUGUGUUUGGGCGGUUCGUGGCUACUGUCGAUCUACUUUUCGCUGCACUAUCGCUACACGUACAAGGUGGCCGAUCCGUUCGAAUCAUUCGACAUUCUGUACGAUAAGCCGUGGCAACGUAUUGGACCGUACAUCGUCGGUAUGAUAACGGGUUACAUAUUGCACCGUCGUCCGAAUGCACCGAGGAUCGUACCACCGCUGAGACUGCUGCUGUGGACCAUUUCUACGGGUAUAUUGAUUGCGCUCAUCUUUGGCGUUUGGAACGGAGAGCUGAGCGUACAUUGGACGGCUUGGUAUGUGAGCGUUGGACACACGGCCUGGGGUUUGGCGCUGAUGUGGAUAACGCUGUCCUGCUGCUGGGGCUACUCGAACUUUGUCAAUGGGCUGCUGUCGUACCGGGGUUUCUUCCCGCUGAGCCGGCUCGCCUACUGUACCUACCUGAUCCAUCCGGUCGUCAUGAUGGCUACCUCGUUCCAGCUCGAAGCUCCGAUGCACCUGCAGCACGUCAUCAUCAUCACGGCCUUCUUCGGUAAUGCGGUCAUCUCGUUCCUGAUCGCGUUCGGAAUGUCACUAAUGUUUGAAGCGCCAGUCAUUAAGCUGCUGAAGCUGUUCUUCCAGAAAGCACAGUGAAACACAAUCUCCUUCGAGCAAAAGCAAAAAAAAAAAAUGAAGCAAAAUCUCCAAUCAUACACACACACACGCACACAAUCCAUCUCACGGAUGGAGAAUCGAGGCGCGUGUCCACUCGAAAAGCGUCCGACCCUAUUCCCUAGCGUAGACAGUUUUCACGGUCAUCAUUGAGCAGCACCGUAGAAGAAGCGGACUAGUGGACCACGGUGGAAAAUACAAAAAGAAAACAAAAAACCAAUCGAAUGGAGAAAGUGAGUGACAGAGCGUGUGCUGCUGACCGGGCCCUCGUGGAGAUGGAGUGGGUGGAAUUGAAGCGGGUUGGAAAAAUCCGCUAUCGUCAGCCCUGUGAGAGGAAACACUUCUGUGGCAUGUGAUCGGUAUUUCAAGCUUCCCAUCAUCACCACCAUCAUCAUCAUCGUCGUCAUCGGCAGCUUCAUCGUCUUGGAGUGUAUUUUACGAGGCGCGUGUCAAAGACUGAUCAGGAAAAUUUGUUUCUCAUUUUCGUCGUGUUUUAGCAACUCUCCCUUGUUGCGCUGUCCGUUUUGUUUGUUUGUUGUCUUUCCUUUAAAUUUUGAGCCGCUUUAUCUACGGUUGUCCACCACUUCCGUUUGCGACCACCAACUUUUAAUCGUAUCAAUUCAUACUUCAUGCCCAUAACGAUAAUAAUAAUGCUAAUGAUAGGCGUGCAAGAGCAGACAGAACACUCUUCGCAAAAUCAAAACUCGGGCACUUUGCCGUGACAGUGGAGGGCGCUUUUUGCGUGUAACGAAAUGGUUUCUUAAUUGUUUGCAUCGAGGCGAAAGAUUUGUAGUUAUUUGUGUACCAAACAUAGGCUCGUAAAAGCAUGUAAAUGUACUCCCUUGUAUGUAGAAGUUUUUUUUUAUUCUCUUUCACUCCUUAGCUUACUUUUGGAAGUUCAUACGUUUGGUGCAAGAAGAAUUGACAAAAAACGUUAUACAAUAAGGUUAGGAAGUUUCACGGAUAGCGAUUAAGCGUGAUGUAAGUUGUAGAUAAACAUUAACAAUUGACAAUAAACAAAACAAUUAACAAAACCAAACGGCUGUUUUAAGUGCAUUUUCUUCAAUUAUUAAAAUAAUAUGAUGUCGAAUUUCGAUACGUCCUGUCGAGUAUACAGGGUUUUCCGGUUGAUGUGGCAAUAGAAUUCAUUUUUAUGGCAGGCUCCUUAGAUAAAAUAGCAAACAAAACUAGUUGAUAU